AUGGCUCCCCUCCUUAAACCCGAAGACUCCAACUCGCCCACCGAACGACCUGUCUCCCGAGACUCCGCCGAGCGGGGCAAGAAGCGCGCAAGAACACAGUCAAUGCCUCCGCCAGAGCUGCCCAAGCUAGUCGCCGAGCAGCAUGCCCCCAUCCCGACCAACGACAAAGACACACAGCGCCUGAUCGUCGUCCUGUGCAAUGCGACGCUGGAGACGUACAAGGCGUCGCAUGGCACUGGCCGCGGGCCCGGCGCGCGCGAGGACAAGUACAACCUGCUCAACAGUGACGACCACAUUGGCGUAAUGCGCAAGAUGGGGCGCGACAUAAGCGAAGCCAGGCCCGACAUCACCCACCAAUGUCUGCUCACAUUACUCGACUCGCCAAUCAACAAGGCGGGCAAGCUCCAAAUCUACAUCCACACCUCCAAGAACGUGCUCAUCAGGGUCAGCCCUACAGUGCGCAUUCCCCGUACCUUCAAGCGCUUCGCUGGACUCAUGGUCCAACUCCUGCACCGACACCAGAUCCGGUCGACGUCCUCGCAAGAAAAGCUCAUCGAGGUCAUCAAGAACCCCAUCACCGAUCACCUCCCUCCCAACUGCCGCAAGGUCACGCUCAGCUUCGACUCCGAGGUCGUACGUGUCAGCGAUUACAUUGGCGAUCUCAACAAGGGCGAGAGUAUCGCAGUCUUUGUAGGUGCUAUGGCCAAGGGCAACGACGACUUUGCCGAUCACAUCAAGGACGACAGCAUCGCUAUUAGCCAGUUUAACCUCAGUGCCAGCGUUGCAUGCAGUAAGUUCUGCCAUGCUGCCGAAGACGUUUGGAACAUCUUCUAG